GACAGUCACGUUAAAUGUCAUAUCAAAUUAAAUGCUCAAAUGCAGGUGAAAUUGAUAAGAAUAACAAAAUAGUUGUGUUCAAAUGAAAAAUGUCGCUAUCGCUCUUAUUAGAAAAAUACGACGUAUCCAGCGAGGAAGGUCUUCAAAAAGCUUUAAAUGAAAUUGAGAAAGAAGAGGCAGAAGUCAAUGAAGCCUUAUCCAAUGCACUUUCCCGUUCGUGUACUCUGGAGGGCAGGUUACGUACUGCCAGUCAGGCAUACACCAAGCUUGGUGAAGUGAAGAAUGACGCCCAAACAGCUGCCGACAUGGUGGAGAAGACCGCUGCGUUGGCGCGGGAUGUUAGCGCUAAAGUGCGACAGUUGGAUCUUGCCAGAUCCCGAGUGGCCGAGUGUCAGAGGAGGGUGCACGACCUCAUCGACCUGCAGCUGUGCAGUGCGGGUGUAGAGGCUGCUAUUAAAGCACAUGAUUAUGAGACAGGUGCCCGGCACGUGGCGCGCUUCCUGAGCAUGGAGCCGGGCUCGGUGGCGGCGGCG